CUGCAUAUCAUUUCAUAGUAUUCAAUGAAAACAGAAAUGAUCUUUAAAGAAUAUAUCACAGAAGCGUUGAUCGCCAUACAACACCCAGCAUCGUUCGAUGACAUAGCUGGUUACAUUGCUAAGAAGACACGAAAGAGACUGUGCUCUAUUAGAUAUGACAUCAGUAAUGCAAUGCAGCACUGUUUAGAAAAUGGUGAAAUACUUAAUCAAAAUGGUUACUAUUUUAUGUCGAAAACAGUCAAAAAUUCUUUACAAAACAUAUGUGAAGAUAAUGUAUCUGACAUAUUGGAUGAUAAGAAGAAGAAAAACCAAAAAAAUAAUAUGAAACAACCUUCAUUCAAUAGAAAAAAAAUAGUAAAAGAAAUAACCACUAACUCAGAUACAAAUAAAAACAUUUGCAAAUAUGUUUCUUAUAAAAUAUAUAAUAAUGAGGACGAUAACAUCCCCGGAUGCUCAAGAGAAAACUUAAAUAACCAAAAUACAAUACAAAAAAAGGUGACAACAAGAAUGAAAAGUAAGUUCAUUGAAGACGACUCCAGAAAGUGUGGAAUACAAAAUAAUUUAAAACCGAUCCAAAACAAGAGACUCUACGGAAAUGAUAAGAAUAAACAAAUAACGAAUAAAAAAAUUGUUCUUUCAAGAAAACGUCGCGGUUGUAUCUUGAAUUUAUCAAAAGCUCAUAAAAGCUUGAUACUUCCAAAUAUCAGUAUUUCAGACUCGGUUAACCCCUCUGCAGAUUCUGAUAAUCUAUCAAACAAAACAACUAAAAAAAACAAGGAAGAACUUGCAAAACCAAAGGCCGAAAAUAUUAAUACUAAUAGAUAUAACUUACGUCUACGAAAAAAUUUGAUUUCAACUAAUAAUAAAAACGGUUACUUAGGAACUCGAAAAAAUCUCUCCAAAAGAAACACUGUUGCUAUUUCUAGCUCACUUUUUAGUAAAGAAAAAUUUCCUGCAAAUUCUGAUUCAAAUGGCAAUGCAAACAAAUUGAUGACUGCAAAAUCUAAGAGGAAUAAAAUAUGUCAAGAACAAAGUGAGGUUGUAGUGGCCCAUACAAAAAGAAAUAGAAAUUUCAAAAGAAGCAGUAAAACGCAAAGAAAUGAAGAGAAGGCACCUUCCACAAGCCGUGCUGCAUAUAGAGACAGUUCUAAAUUCAUUGAAGACUCAUCUGAAUAUGAUUGCAAUACUCAAAUUAGUUCGAGGUGGAGGAACUUUUUUUAUCGUUUAAAAAAUUGUUUCUUCUCGGUUGUCCUAAAUUUAACAGUUUUUUUUAAAAAGAGUGAUUCUCUUUAA